AGGAGAAAGAAGACGAUGUAUGCCCGGCCCGUGGCCAGCAGCAAAGAAGUCCGGUGGCAAAAGGUGUUAUAUGAGCGUCAGCCGUUCCCUGACAACUACGUGGACCGGCGCUUCUUGGAGGAGCUGCGGAAGAACAUCCACACCCGCCGGUACGAGUACUGGGCGGUGGUCUUCGAGGCCAGCGUGGUGGUCCAGCAGCUGUGCAGCGUGUGCGUCUUCGUGGUCAUCUGGUGGUACCUGGACGAGGGGCUUCUGGCCCCGCAGUGGCUCUUCGGCGCGGGCCUGGCGUCCUCCCUGCUGGGCUACGUCCUGUUCGACGUCCUGGACGGUGGGGAGGAACGGCGGAAGAGUGGACGCACCCGCUGGGCCGACCUCAAGAGCGCGGUGGUCUUCGUGGCCUUCACCUAUGGCUUCUCGCCGGUGCUCAAGACCCUGACUGAGUCGGUGAGCACCGACACCAUCUACGCCAUGGCCGCCCUCAUGCUGCUUGGCCACCUCAUCUUCUUCGACUACGGGGCCAACGCGGCCAUCGUGUCCAGCACGCUGUCCCUGAACAUGGCCAUCUUCGCCUCCGUCUGCCUGGCCUCGCGCCUGCCACGCUCUCUGCACGCCUUCAUCAUGGUCACCUGCGCCAUCCAGAUCUUCGCCCUGUGGCCCAUGCUUCAGAAGAAGCUCAAGGCUUGCACGCCCCGCAGCUACGUGGGGGUCACGCUGCUCUUCGCGCUGGCCGCCUGCGCCGGCCUGCUGUCCAUCAGUGCCGUGGGCGCCGUCCUCUUCGCCUUCCUGCUGCUGGCCGUGUCCUGUCUCUGCCCCUUCUACCUCAUCCGCCUGCAGCUCUUCAAAGAGAACAUCCACGGGCCCUGGGACGAGGCCGAGAUCAAAGAGGACCUGUCCAGGUUCCUCAGCUGAGGUCGAAGAGGACCUGUCAUGCGGGACCCGGGGGCUGAGAUCGCCAAGCCCACUCGGAUCAGGUCUGGGCCUCCUCCCCCUGGCUCCCCGGUUUUCCUCCUGGCAGUCACACCCACAGACGCCCCGGCCCCCCUCCUGACGCCGUGUAAUCUCAUCAACGGCCAAGACCCAG